CACUUGAUGGAAAGGCUGUGUAUGGUGUAUGUUUCCACAACAGAGGCUAAAGACAUGCUAAGAGGAACGCUUUUGUCCUUUUAACGUGCUGCAUGUUGCAAAUGUACUCCUCCUCUUAUUAAAUGCUGCUAAAAUGCCUAAAUAUUGUUUCAAAGCAUUCGGGGGCUCAAUGAGAAAUACCCUCUACUUUGUAACCAGAAUGAACUCUUAGCAGCAUCUCUCCUCCAAGCCUUAGCCCUGCCAAGGACCAUUCUCCAACCAGCUAUAAAUUAACCGGUAACCAUAGCUACUGCGCUCUGAUUGGCAGAUGGCUUUCCGACGUUGCUGGGGACGUCACCAAAUCUGAAUAAGGAUGCGCGAAUUGCUAAACUUGGCACUCAGAGCCGAUUAUGGGGCACAGAGGUGGAACGGGAGAAAGUGACAUCUAGGAUACAGAAGAAGGACACCCCAAGCAGCCUGUGUUUUUUGGGAUCAGCGGAACGUGGAGCAUGUGGGAAUAAAACAUAAUACUGGGCACCUGUCAUCUGAACUAUCCACAGAGACAAUACCAGGCGCCCCCCUUGGACUGUGCCAGGGACCCUUGCGAACAGGGCUGGGACUGAAUUCACACUUUUGGGUGUUUGGUUGAGGGUCUAUGAGGAUUUCACUGGAGUGGGCUUCUGCUGCCGGUGUUUGCUUCAAUCAUGAUGGCCCAUUGCGCUGGGUGUGAGAGGCCCAUCUUGGACCGAUUUCUCCUUAAUGUCCUGGACAGAGCCUGGCAUGUCAAAUGUGUGCAGUGCUGUGAGUGCAAGUGCAAUCUGACCGAAAAGUGCUUCUCCAGGGACAGUAAACUCUACUGCAAAACUGACUUCUUCAGGAGAUUUGGUACAAAAUGUGCAGGAUGCUCCCUGGGGAUCUCUCCAAGUGACUUGGUCAGGAAAGCGAGGAAUAAAGUGUUUCACCUGAACUGUUUCACCUGCAUGGUGUGCAAUAAGCAGCUCUCAACAGGCGAGGAACUCUACAUCAUAGAUGAAAACAAAUUUGUCUGCAAAGAGGAUUAUACCAGUGUCAGCAGUCUGAAGGAAAGCAGCCUCAACUCAGUGUCUUCUUGCACAGACAGAAGUUUGUCUCCAGACCUCCAAGACCCCAUAAAGGAUGAGAGCAAAGAGACAGACCACUCCACAUCUUCAGACAAAGAAACGACUAACAAUGAGAAUGAAGAACAGAACUCUGGUACUAAAAGAAGGGGACCACGGACGACUAUUAAGGCCAAGCAACUGGAGACCCUUAAGGCUGCUUUUGCUGCCACUCCUAAGCCCACCAGGCAUAUUCGGGAACAGCUAGCUCAGGAAACAGGGCUAAACAUGCGGGUGAUUCAGGUUUGGUUCCAAAACCGAAGAUCCAAAGAAAGGAGGAUGAAGCAGCUCAGCGCUUUGGGGGCCAGGAGGCAUGCUUUUUUCAGGAGUCCAAGGCGUAUGCGACCCCUGGGAGGAAGGCUGGAUGAGUCUGACAUCCUGAACUCUGGGCCUUACAGCUACUACGGAGAUUAUCAAGGAGAUUAUUAUGGAAGUGGAAAUUAUGACUUUUUUCCUCAUGGACCACCAUCUUCCCAGACACAGUCCCCAGCAGACUCUAGCUACCUACAGAAUUCUGGACCUGGUUCAACUCCUUUAGGUCCUUUAGAAUCUCAGCUUUCUGGACACCACCCUUCGGAAAACCAAAGAUAUGCGGACAUGAUUUCCCAUCCUGACACUCCCAGUCCUGAGCCGGGUAUGACUGGCUCCCUCCAUUCCAUUUCUGGUGAAGUCUUCAGUGGUGGUCCUAGUCCUCCCUUUUCUAUGUCCAACAAUAGUGGCUUUAGUGGUCCUCUACCCCAUCAGAACCCUGACAUUAAUGAAGCUACUGUAUGGUAAUAAAAGACACUUAUUGACUGGACUGGACUUUAGUUGACCAGAAGUCUACCUUCCUUCUCUCUUUCCUUCUACUCUCCACUCAGUAACUGGGUGCUUGAACGCCUGAUUCAAACAGACAGGCUCAACCAACCUUGAAAAUGAUUCAGUUGUGUUGUACAUUUUCUCCUUGCUGAGCAACAGCUGAAUCAAUGUAGGAGUGGGCAAUCUGGGGUGAUCAAUAACCAAAACCAAGAAUGACACUAAACCAAAAGCCAUUUCUAUGACAGCAGAAGAUAAAUUUCAAAUAAGAAUCCGUACAAGCUCUCCUUAUCCUGUAGCACUGGAGCCACAAGUCCGGCUGUUGGAAAGAGGGAAGAUCAAAGGGACCAACAUGGCGUCAAAACCAAAACUCACCUCCAUGAUUAUUUAUAAUGAAGCUGCCUCCCUACCCUGCUUGUGAACCAAGAGCAUUUAUUUUGUUGAACAGCACCAGACUGAAAAUCUUCUUAUUUAAAAAGCCUUUAUUUCAGCUUAGGGCAUCACAGCAACAUUUCAGGCCAUGCAGCCUUUUAUUAAGCUUUAUAAAAGGCCGCAUGGCCUGAAACGUUGCUGUGAUGCCCUAAGCUGAAAUAAAGGCUUUUUAAAUAAGAAGAUUUUCAGUCUGAUGCUGUUCAACAAACAAAUGCUUUUGUGAUAUCAGUUUUAAGUGGCCACUGAGGAACGUGCACCAAUUCUCCAAAGGAGAGACAAUCGAUGUGCUGACUGCUUUUCCAAGUGAACCAAGAGCAAACAUAAAACAACAAGCUCUACAUGAUACCAUGAGUACAGUUUUCUGAACCAGAAACCCAAACGCAUUUCAGUAAACACUAGAACAAUCGAGUUCAAAUAUUUUGUAUUUAUUUCACAUUGAACAUGUAUUUUUAAGAAUGAUAAUAAUAAAUGGUUACAGGGGUUUUGUGUCUAAGCUCAAGACUAUGUUAGAAUCAACAGGGAAGCAUUCAUUCCAGACAUGUCCUUAACUCUGCCUGCCGUCCAUUUAAAAGGGUAUUUUCUAUUCAAAUGUUCAACCAUUUCUAAGUCAUUAAUUUAGUCCUCUCUCUGAGCUUUAACAAUAUUUAUGUUCUUUUGGAAGCAGUUCCCAUAAUUAUCAUACUACAGCAGAAAGUUCUGUUUAUUGUGUUUAGGUGGAACUGUUACUAUUUCCAUACUGUGUGCUUUCCUAUGUGUAAGAAAACACGGGACCAGCUGAAAGGAUUGCAUUUUCUGUCCACUGAGCUUACUUCAAGUUUUUUGUAUCGAUUAAAUCCUCAGCUGUCAUUAACACUGACUUCCUAAAUCAAGUUCUCUGGUUCAGUUGAUACAUUACCUCAAUGAGAGAUAUAAAACUGCAGUACUGUUUUAGGGUGCCAUCUAGUGAUCUAUUUCAACAUUGAAACGCUUCCUGUCAAUGGCUUAAUGGAAUCCCAAUGAACCUGAUAAAAAUGUGAAAUUCUACAAUCUAUAUUUAAAUGGCCUUUUUUUUUAACAAAAAAACAAAAUCAGGAUAACUAAGUGGAAGAAGAGAGGUUAGGACGAGACACCCAUUUUGCUGUACUAUAAGUUUAAGAGGCUUUUAAGCUUCACAUUUGCUUAUUUUGUAUAAAGAAACAUGAAAACAAUUAAUAAAGUAAGUUUGUGUUCCUGA